GUGUUGAUUCGAGCACGAGCCGCUGCCAGAUGUUCGCCGCUGUAGUGAGAAGCGCCGGCGUGACGUCACUGCCCGGGGUUUCCUAGUGAAGUGAACCCUACGGCGUCAUGGCGGAGGCCGGUUGUCGGAAGACCCUGGUUUGAAAUGCCAGCUUUCUACAAUCGCAGUUGACCGUCGAGCGCUGCACUUCGCUAACACCUGAAACAGGGAAGGGGACCGACCUUGUUUUCUUUUGGAGGGAGAGAAAAACACCGCUGAGGCAGUUUGACCGAACUGAGUCGUCCGGGCUGCUCUCCCGUACUGGGGGAUAGCUAGCUAGCUAGCUAGCGUUCGGUAGCGUUAGCUGCCAACAGCUGCUAGCUCACUACUUCAAUAAAGGAAGAAAGGAGCUCUGAAGUGGACGGCGGGUCUGGACCACGACUCCACCGGAGUUCCCCAGUUUAACCACGUCGGACAGAAGACUACAGGUUGUCAGGGGGAAGUCUAUAUUUUGGACUUCAACAUGGCUGGACGCAGUGAGGAUGAGAGUGUAAGCAACAGCAGUGGAGAAUCAAGUAAUUCUGAUGAUGAAUCUGGUUCUGGAUCGGGAUCCGCAUCAGGGUCCGGCUCAGGCUCCAGUUCCAGCUCCUCCAGCAGCAGCAGCCAAUCAGGAAGCAGUGACUCAGGAAGUGGUUCAGACUCUGGCAGCCAGUCAGACUCUGACACAGAGAAAUCCAAGGAGAAGAUGGAACCACCAAAUAAGUCAAACAUUGAUGGAGCUGAGUUCUGGAAGUCCAAUCCCAGUAUUCUAGCGGUGCAGAGGUCCGCAAUGCUCCGGAAACAGCAGCUUCAACAGCAGCAGCAGCAAUUGCAGCAAAGACAAAGCUCCUCAAACAGUGGAUCUGAUGAGGACUCAUCAAGCGAUGACUCUGAUUCAUCAAGUGGAUCCAAAAGGAGAAGAAAUUCAGGUUCCUCUGACUCUGGAUCAGGUUCUGGUUCUGGGAGUGGUUCUGGAUCAGCCUCAUCAGCAGAGGACAACAGCGACGAAACCGCGUCCGACUAUGAGCCAAGUCACAAAAUCAAAAGCAGAAAACCUCCAAACAAGAUGAAUUUUCGGAAUGGGAAGAAAAGCAGCACUCAGAAGAAGAAAAACAAGAAGUGCUCUUCUUCUGAUGAUGAGGACGAUCACUACAAGAAGGUGGCGUCUGCAGGACCACGGCGGCAGGCCACGGUCAACGUCAGCUACAAGGAGGAUGAGGAACUGAAGACGGACUCGGACGAUGUGGUGGAAGUUCUGGGUGAAGAUGUCCCACAGCCAGAGGAAGAUGAGUUUGAAACGCUGGAGAGAGUGAUGGAUUGCAGGAUAGGGAGGAAAAGAGCAACGGGGAGUGUGACCACCGUAUACGCUGUAGAAGCAGACGGGGACCCCAAUUCCAACUUCAAUCCCAACAAAGAGGCUGGUGAUGUCCAGUACUUGAUAAAGUGGAAGAACUGGGCCCACAUCCACAACACCUGGGAGACGGAGGACACGCUCAAGUUGCAGAAUGUCAAGGGCAUGAAAAAACUGGACAACUUCAAGAAGAAGGAACAGGAAAAAAGGAAAUGGUUGAAGGCAGCUUCACCAGAGGAUAUUGAAUAUUUCAACUGUCAGGAAGAAUUGAUUGAUGACCUGCACUCUCAGUACCAGUUGGUGGAGAGAAUCAUAGGCCAUUCAAACCAGAAGUCAGCAGCUGGUUACCCAGACUACCUGUGCAAGUGGCAGGGCUUACCGUACUCGGAGUGCAGCUGGGAAGACGGUUGUCUGAUUGGCAAAAAGUUCCAGAAAUGUAUCGAUGACUACAUGAGCAGAAACCAGUCCAAGUGUAUUCCAUUCAGGGACUGCAAGGUGCUCAAACAGAGACCCAGGUUUGUGCCCAUGAAGAAGCAGCCAUCUUACAUAGGAGGUGAUGGACUGGAGCUCCGAGAUUACCAGCUGGACAGUUUGAACUGGAUGGCUCACUCCUGGUGCAAAGGCAACAGUUGUAUCCUUGCUGAUGAGAUGGGUUUAGGGAAGACCAUCCAGACCAUCGGCUUCCUCAACUACAUGUUCAAUGAUCACCAGCUGUACGGGCCCUUCCUGCUGGUUGUGCCUCUCUCCACACUGACCUCCUGGCAGCGAGAGAUCCAGCUGUGGGCCCCUCAGAUGAACGUCGUGGUCUACCUGGGAGACAUCAGCAGUAGGAACAUGAUCAGGACACACGAGUGGAUGCAUGUCCAUAACAAGAGACUAAAGUUUAACAUCCUUCUCACGACAUACGAGAUUCUUCUCAAAGAUAAGUCAUUUUUGGGCAAUGUUAACUGGGCCUUCAUUGGUGUGGAUGAGGCGCACCGACUGAAGAACGAUGACUCCCUCCUCUAUAAGACCAUGAUGGACUUCAAGUCCAAUCACAGGCUUCUGAUCACAGGAACACCACUGCAGAACUCACUGAAGGAGCUGUGGUCCCUGCUGCACUUCAUCAUGCCCGAGAAGUUUCACUCCUGGGAGCUGUUUGAGGAGGAUCACGGUAAAGGAAGAGAUUCAGGCUACACCAGUCUGCACAAAGAACUGGAACCUUUUCUACUGCGCAGGGUCAAGAAGGACGUGGAGAAAUCCCUUCCUGCCAAAGUGGAGCAGAUCCUCCGAGUCGAGAUGAGCGCUAUCCAGAAACAGUAUUACAAAUGGAUCCUGACCAGGAACUACAAGGCUCUUAGUAAAGGUACCAAAGGCAGCACAUCGGGUUUCCUGAACAUCAUGAUGGAGCUGAAAAAGUGUUGUAACCACUGUUACCUUAUCAAGCCCCCGGAGGACAACGAGUUCCUCAACAGAGCCGAAGCCUUACAGCUACUAAUCCGCAGCAGUGGGAAACUUGUUUUGCUGGACAAACUAUUGGUGCGUUUGAAAGAGCGAGGCCACAGAGUUCUCAUUUUCUCCCAGAUGGUACGCAUGCUGGACAUCCUGGCUGAUUACCUGAGGAGCAGACAGUUCCUCUUCCAGAGAUUAGAUGGCUCCAUCAAAGGAGAGAUGAGGAAGCAGGCCUUGGACCACUUCAAUGCUGAGGGCUCAGAGGAUUUCUGCUUCUUGUUGUCGACGCGUGCGGGCGGUCUGGGUAUCAACCUGGCGUCGGCUGACACAGUAGUUAUCUUUGACUCCGAUUGGAACCCCCAGAACGAUCUGCAGGCUCAGGCCAGAGCCCACAGGAUCGGACAGAAGAGACAGGUGAAUAUCUACCGUCUGGUGACGAAGAGCUCCGUGGAGGAGGACAUCAUUGAGCGGGCGAAGAAGAAGAUGGUGCUGGACCACCUUGUUAUUCAGAGGAUGGACACCACAGGGAAAACUGUCCUCCACACUGGUGCUGCUCCCUCCAGCUCAGCACCGUUCAAUAAGGAGGAGCUCUCUGCCAUCUUGAAGUUCGGUGCAGAGGAGCUUUUCAAAGAGCCUGAGGGUGAAGAGCAGGAUCCCCAGGAAAUGGACAUUGACGAGAUCCUCAAAAGAGCGGAGACUAGGGAGAACGACCCCGGACCCUCCACUGUGGGAGAAGAACUGCUGUCUCAGUUCAAGGUCGCCAACUUCACCAUGAUGGAGGAUGAGGAAAUAGACAUUGAUUCUGAGCGUAGUCAUCGGAGCUGGGACGACAUCAUUCCAGAGGAGCAGAGGAGGAGGAUGGAGGAAGAGGAGAGACAGAAGGAGCUGGAGGAAAUCUACCUGCUGCCUCGUAUGAGGAAUUGUGCUAAACAGAUCAGCUUUAACGCUGGGGAGGGUCGGCAGAGCAGGAACAGGAGAUACUCGGGUUCGGACAGCGACUCCCCCUCAGACCGAAAGAGGCCAAAGAAACGAGGGCGGCCCAGGACCAUCCCGCGAGAAAACAUCAAGGGCUUCAAUGAUGCUGAGAUCCGGAGGUUUGUUAAGAGUUACAAAAAGUUUGGAGGACCACUGGAAAGGUUGGAUGCUAUUGCUCGUGAUGCUGAACUUGUAGAUAAAUCUGAACAUGACCUGAAGCGCUUGGCAGAGACGGUUCACAACGGCUGUGUGAGAACACUACGAGAAAAUCCCUGUGGACCAGACAAGACCUCAGGAGGCAGAAGAGGGAAGGUGAAAGGCCCAACAUUCAGGAUCUCUGGUGUCCAGGUUAAUGCCAAGCUUGUUAUAUCGCACGAGGAAGAGCUGGCUCCGCUCCACAAGGCCAUCCCUGCCGACCCCGAGGAGAGAAAGAAGUACAUGAUUCCCUGCCACUCGAAGGCAGCACACUUUGACAUUGAGUGGGGGAAGGAAGACGACUCCAGCCUCCUCAUAGGAAUCUAUGAGUACGGUUAUGGCAGCUGGGAGAUGAUCAAGAUGGACCCAGACCUUAAUCUCACACACAAGCUCCUACCAGACGACCCAGACAAGAAGCCACAGGCCAAACAGCUGCAGACCAGAGCGGACUACCUCAUUAAGCUCCUGAGCAAAGACCUCGCCAAGAGAGAAGCUCAGAAACAGGCCGGGACCGCCAAUUCACGGAAGAGGAAGCCAAGAAGUAAAAAAAGCAAAACUUUGAAGCCGACAAAGACGGACGAGGUGAUCAAGAGUCCGUCCUCAGAUCCCCCGUCAGACAAGAGGUCCGAUGAUGAGGAGGACGUGCAGGAGAAGAAGGAGAUGGCACCACUGAAGCCACCGAGCAGACGGAGCCGAGCAGACAGGGUGGUGGUAAAGGAGGAGGAAGAGGAGGAGGAUGACGACGACGAUGAGGAAGAGCCUGAGCAGGAGGAGGUUUCUUCAUCAGGGGAGAGGGAGGUCAAAGAAAAAGAGAUGAAAAAAGACGGCAAAAAGGAAAAGAAGGAGGAAAGUUAUGACAUAAAAGAAACAAAGGAGCCGAGAGAGAAAAAAGAAACCAAGGCUCUGGAAACGGUUACUAAACAAGAGGAGAGCAGCGACAAGAAUGAAGUGAAAGAUCGGACGAAGAAAGUCUCUGAUGUUCCGGUUCACAUCACAGCCAGUGGAGAGAAUGUUCCGAUAUCCGAGGAGUCUGAGGAGCUGGACCAGAGGACCUUCAGCGUGUGUAAAGAGCGGAUGCGGACGGUUAAGGCGGCCCUGAAGCAGCUGGACCGGCCGGAGAAAGGGCUGUCAGAGCGUGAGCAGCUGGAACACACACGACAGUGUCUCAUUAAGAUCGGGGACCACAUCACCGAGUGUCUGAAGGAAUAUUCAAAUCCUGAUCAGAUCAAACAGUGGAGAAAAAACCUUUGGAUAUUUGUUUCUAAAUUCACUGAGUUCGAUGCCAGAAAACUACAUAAACUGUACAAGCAUGCCAUCAAGAAGAGACAAGAGAACGCCCAGGCAAUGGAACAGAACACUAGAACUUCAAACACCCACAGCUAUAAACAUGCAGACGUCGACCGGCUGAAGGACAACGCUCACCAGGACGAGAGCAGCAGGGACAGCUACGGCUCCGACAGGCAUCAGGCCAUUGGUCGAUACCACGAGAGCAGCGGCAGCAAGGAGAGGCACAGUUCCGAGUCCCACAGGAAGACGGCAGGAGGGGAGUCGCGGAAAAGACCCUACUCCUCCUUCAGCAACGGAAAAGACCACCGAGACAGAGACCACUACAGACCAGACAGCAGGGACAGAGAGCGGCAGGACAGAUUCUACAGUGACGGUAAGCACAGGAAGCUGGAGGAGUUCCGCAGCAGUAGCAGAGACCACCGGCUGGACAUGAAGGAUUAUUCCCACUCUGACCAGCGCUCAUCCUAUCGCUACCACUCAGACUGGCAGACAGAGCAGCGAGCAUCAGCCAGCGGGCCCCGCUCCCCUCGAGACCAGCGCUCGCCCUACGACGCCCGGUCACCCAUGGGCCACCGCUCACCGUUCGACUACUCGUCGGACCACAAGAGCACGCCGGAGCAGAUCUGGAGCAGCCGCAAGACAUAACAGGAGCUGCCAGGUCUGCGAGUAGCAGCCAUAGACUCAGAAAUGCCUUACAGGGACUGUGGACCUCCGAAGCACUGUGUCUCAGUCAGUUCAGCAUGACUGUCAUCUCCUCUCCUGCUGGUCCGGACCCUGGGGGACAGACGCCAGGUAGCAGAUCAAAAUCAGAGCAUAUUUUUCUAUUUAAGAGUUUAAAGCUGCAUCGUUGUGUAGGUUCCACAGCAUGCAGCACUUUCUUUGUUAUUUUUAUACAUUUUUUUAAAUUCUGGAAAUGGACAUAAUUGCCCCUGAGUGCUGCCUCCCCCUCCCCGACACUGGAUCCUGUACCGGACCGUUCUGUUGGUACCAGACCGUUUUGUGUUGGUCCGUCUGCGUCAUACUUCAUCACCACCUGAAGUACCUCAUUUACAGCAACGUCUCUUUUGCUUAGUAGGUUGAUUUUUUUUCCACCAGGUGUGAAUUAUUUAAUAACAUAUCUCCGCUGUAAAAAAUAACUUUGAUUUUUUUCCUUUUUUUAUUGAGCAACUUGUAUCAUGUUUUAUUUCCUUCAGUAAUACCGUUGUAAAUAUCUGUAAAAUAGUAAAUCGGUGGUCUUUUUCCUCAGGCUUUUUGGAUUUAUUAUGACUCUACUUUUCCCCAUCAACUCAGGCUUUUUGUGGUUCUACUCUUGACUUUAUGUACAGUAGAUCCUUCCCUAUGAUGUUUUCAGAAUGUACGUUUUGGUAAAGGGAAAGUUCUUAAACAAUACUCAGUUUGAUUCACUAGUGCUUAGUUCUUUUGUCUCAGUGAAACCCGUGAGUUGGAAGGAACUGACUUUUGUAAUCAUGGUCUGAAGAAAGACACUCGUCUUUCAGUAUAAGCUCCGGUUAGAUCUUAAAUAAUCGUUUUACAUGAUUUAGUUUCAUUUUAUUUUCUGUGUAGGCAAUAAUAAUGUUUCUAUGCAGCCAAGUAUAUUUGUGGUGAACCACCAACUGAAUGAAGUCACUGUUACAGUUCACACUGUUGUACAUAAGUUUCCUCUAUUUCAAGAUGAAUUUACACUGAACGUGCAUGAAUUUUUAUGAACUGUUUUAUAUAGUUGUUUAUGAAGCCAUUAAAAUCAAUCAGUGUACUCACUCGUA